AGUCGAAACAUAUCACCAAUAAUUCACCCAAGUGCAAGCAAUGAUAAUAACCACCUUGAACCCCUCCUCUCACCCUCACCCAAACUCCCCUUUAUCGUUCAAAAUGCAUUUUUUUAAUUCAUUCGCCUGAAGAAAUACACUUGAAAGAUCACCGCGUGAGUGCUUACCCCCUCCCCCCGAGUCGAAAAUUUUAGUUCUGUUCUGUUACUCCAGCCAUACCUGAGGACAAUAAUAGAUUUGGCUGGAACCUUACGGCUCUGAUUAAAUAAAUAGGAUUGUCUUCUCACCCCUCUUAACUGACGAAUCACCAGUGACUGACUAAAUGUAUCGCAGUUAACGCACAAUAGUUUUUGGGGGCUAUCAAAUCUGUGCAAGAGCAUCGAGUUUAUUACUUCUUUUUUUGGGAACUAUUUUGAGAUCUUUAAGAGGUACCAUAACCUUACGUACAAGGUAGUAUGGAAGGCCAACAAUUUUGCUUGAGAUGGCACAAUUUUCAAAAUACUCUACUCAGUUCAUUGCCAAAAUUGCUCGACGGCGGAUAUUUGACCGAUGUUACGCUUAGCGCCGGUGGUAGACACAUUCGUGCACAUAGGAUUAUACUAUCAGCUUGUAGCUACUACUUCAAAGAGUUGUUCAAGGACUUGAGUGCGUUACAGCACCCUGUAAUAGUCCUCCCUGGAAUGGAAUACGCGAAUUUAUGUGCCCUAGUCACCUUCAUGUACAAUGGCGAAGUGAACAUAUAUCAAGAGCAACUGCCAGCCCUGCUGGCCAUGGCUGACACCCUCCACAUUCGUGGACUGGCGGAUAUUGCCGGGAAGACCUCCCGUCGAGACUCAAACGGGUUAUACGUCGACCCACCGUCCGAGGAGACGGAGUUGACGGAAGCCCCAGUGAAGAAAGAGAUAACUGAGAGCCCACCAGUGCCUGAUACUCCAGAGAAUCCGAUUCCCUCCUCAAUUCCGCAGGAGUCCGAGCAUCCUGAUAUCGAUGAGAACUAUCAGGAUCACGAGGACAUACCCUGCAGUGUCAAGACCAAGCCUUAUUACUCGAUAAAUGCAAAAUUAUGCCAAAAGGAAAAAAAACAGUGUACGACGAAUGGACCCAAGCAACUGGAGAAGACAAUUGUAGAUGAGAGGACAGACGACAAUAUGAUGGCUGCUGACGACCAGAGCUGCAGUAUUGACGAGGGAAAGACGUCAAUUAUCGAUACGACAUUCAGAUACCUGACGACACCACCAACAGCUAGAAACAACCAAACUUGCAACAAGACAAGUGUUACGUGUUUGAUUUGUGGAAAGCAGUUGAGCAAUCAGUACAAUCUCAGGGUCCACAUGGAGACGCACAGCAAUAGCUCGUACAGCUGCACUGCUUGCUCUCAUGUGUCAAGGUCUAGGGAUGCCUUGAGGAAACAUGUGUCUUAUCGACAUCCUGUUGCAACACCUCAGAAACGCCCGAGGUACAGCAUCUCGAAACCGUAGAACUGGGAACGAGCGUAGAUCAGAUUUAUUCAGGGUUUUUUCGCGGUUCCAUGGGAGGGGAGGUGGAGGGGUGAGUCGUUUUUUUGGAGAUUAUCUACCCGAGGAAAAGGGAAAACCAGCGACGAUAACGAAGUUCUUGGGAAGACUUUUUUUGGUGAAAUAGUUCUCGUGGAAAGUAGGAUAUCCCUUUUCGAUUCUGAGAGUGUUGAACAAUGUUACUGUUAUAUGUUAAACACAAUCAGUUUUCGAGAGUUAUCUUAACAUUUUUAACACUUUUUUUUCUCUACCAAAAGUUCUUCAGAAGUUUUUUAUCUAUCCAUCAGAUAUUGAGAAAUUUGGAGAAUGAGCGAAAAUUAAGUUGAUUUAGUUUGUUUUAUCAUUUAUUUGUUACCAUGUUUUUGGAAUAUGUUUCUAUUCAGGAAAAUUUAUAGAAAUCUUCAUGAAUAGUCGACUCAUCGCACUCCACGAAUUAAAUGUUGAAUCGUCAAAUUAAAAAGGGAUAAAAUGGGGAAUAUUAUAUGUACAUAAACUCGACGAGACCUGAAGCGACUGUUUGGAUAUCUAGUCCACUUUUAUAGCUAAUUUUCUGCUUAUCUUGUUGAGGCUCAUGCGGAAAACGGAAAGACAAAAUGAAUUAGUUGUACUUGUUUUUAGUUAUUAAGACGGUUUGAAUGAUCCUUGUACCCCACCUGUUAUUUUUUUCCUUCGUUUUCCUCGUGAUAAUUAUUGGGAUUUUCAAUCAAGUGGGAAGUGGAGGGACAGAGUUAAAUUAUGGAGGUCAAUGAUGCCUAACGUUAUAUUUGUUCGUUAAUUUUGCACUCAUUGAACUAGUCAUUUAAAAUGGGUCAAGUGCACUGAAUUUUUCUGUGAAAUGCGCAUUCAUGUGCAAAACGCAAAAUUGUUUUUUGUAGAAAAUUCAAUGCUCAGCAAAAAUAUAUUCAGAUAUUUUUCCCAAAACCACUUGUUACUGAGAUUAUCCGAUGUAUAUCAAGCUCUAGAGACCCCUGUCUAUUUGUAAAAUAUAUUGGGAUUCAAAAGAAAUGGAAAAUAAUUCACGAAAAGCUCUCAAUCCACUUCUCUCCUGAUUACAUCGCCCUAAAUCCUCUGAAUAGAGUUUAGUCACCUGGUGUUUUCAGUGAGAUCGUCCACAGGGAAUCUCAUAUCGUUGCAUAAUAUUUAACAAUCAAAUAAGUUGGACGAUUUUUCUGAAGUGAUAUAUCGAAAUAGAGUGAUUCUUGAUACCCCUAGUGUUCAAAUUGUUAUCAACAUUUUUUUCUCUUGUUAUCGUCGACAUGUUGUAAUGAAGGCACUCUAGGUGAUUCGUCUAUUUUGAGGUAAAACUGUUCAAUAACUGAACAUAAUCUUUAUGUUUCUUUGCUUUCAAUUCGUUUUUUUUCUUAUCUCUGGAUUAAAAAUUGUUGUUAAUCGUUGAUCGUGUCGGAACCGGUUGUUGAUUAUUAUUAUAAGAGUUUAAAAAUUGAGAUGUCGGGAAAUACGUUCACAAAACAUAUCCGUCUGUGCCAAGUAAUGAUAAUUCGAGUGCUGAAAAAUUAACUGUGUAUGAUAAUUGGAAAUGACAAUCCACUGGCAAUUGAGUUGUAUAUCAAUGAACAAUCGUAUUCAAAAAUAAUAUACAAUAUUUGUAUGCUACAAAUUAUAAAAUAAAUAAAGUGCAUCAAAAGUUUGUGAAAAA